AUGAGCGAGACCCUUCAGCUGCCCUCGCUGCAAGUGUCCGAGCCACAGGUGAAGGAGGACGGCCACCCCUGGUCCAGUUCCUCCACCCCGACCUUGCGCCGCAGGCGAUUCAGGAUGCGCCGUGCAAGGAACGCCGAAGAGCAGAAUCCAGAAGCCGCCUCUUCCUCCUCUUCCAAGGAGUUCCUUCAGCUUCCCUCCAUCGAGAUUACGCCUUCCAGCGAUGAAGACACCCCUUGGUCCAACUGUUCCACGCCGAGUGCCUCUCCCCGGCGUAAACGCUUCCUCCUUCGGAAGUGGUUGACCGUCCACGACAUCUUCUACCCUUUCGCCCAGUCAGAGGAGAAAGAGGAUGAGCUGACCUUUCUCCGAGCGAACGAAUGCAAGACGGGCUUCUGCCACUUGUACAGAGUCACAGCCAUCCUGCAGCGCAAGAUGUACGACUGGACUCAGCCGUACGUGCCUAGCAAAGGUGACUUCAAAUGCCCUCUGAAGGAAGAAGUGGCCCUCACGAGUGGAGAGUGGGAAGUUCUGGCCCGACAUGGAUACAAGAUUUGGGUCAACGAAGAAACGAAGCUGGUGUAUUUCCAGGGCACGAAGGAUACCCCUUUGGAACAUCACCUCUAUGUGGUCAGCUACGAAUCUCCUGGCGAGGUCGUGCGACUCACCACCCUGGGCUUCUCCCAUAGCUGUUCCAUGAGUCAG